CCAGGGAACAGCAGCCACAUAGAGGACCAGUGAAAACCAUAGCAGGGUUAUCUAAUGGAGUGAAGGGACACAGAGACUGGUGCUCAUUUUUCUCCAAGUUGUUGUAGGGAUCAAUAAGCUGCUUCCAUUGAGGGGUCCAUUGAGGGACCAUUGAGAGGGUUUGAACUGAUUUUGAGGUGAGGGCAAAAAGAUGCUCCAGCCACAAGCAGAGAAAAGGGGAUGAGAUAGAGAGUGAGAUCGUGUUGCCAGAGCAGAUGUAGUCUCAUUUAAGGAAUUUUGUGUCUUGGUGGUGUGGCUGUAGGAGCUGAGAGGCAGGCUGUCGGCUCGCUCUUCACGGCCAGUCUUUCCCCAACAAAGGUGGCCAGAGGCGGAGGAGAGGAGGGGGGGAGCCCAGCACAGAGGUGCCCCCUGUCUUCAGACACCUGCUGCUGGCUAGUAGCAGACAUCGAGGACACUGUACAACUGUGUCUGUGCGUGAGUGUGUGUGUGCAUGUGAAUUAGUCAAAGACAGAGAGAGUGAGGAGAGAUUUCAGCCCGACCCAUGCUUUUCUGUUGGUGAGGGGAGAUCAGGACUUACUCCCUUUGAAUCCUUGCAUCCAUCUGUGACUGAGGAGGAAGGGAGGAAUCACAGGCACGGACCAGUGAGAGGUUUUGAGGGGAUCUCGCACCGCUCAUGCCCCUGCUCUCCUCUCCGAGGGAUGGGCACGACAGAGGCAACUCUACGAAUGGAGAACAUGGAAGUGAAAGACGAGUGGCAGGAUGAAGACUUUCCCAGACCACUACCAGAGUACGGAGACAUGGAUUCCUCCUGUGGUCUCACAGACGACAGAGCGUCUCCCCCUAACUCCCUGAAUGUGAGCCCACCCGGAGGAGGCGGCGGUGUGUCCUCAUCCCACCGUAAACGCCGUACGUUGCUUGCCCCGGAGAUGAACCUCUCCCUGGAUCAGAGCGAGGGCUCUCUGCUGUCAGACGACUUCCUGGACACGCCAGAUGACCUGGACAUUAAUGUUGAUGACAUCGAUACUCCAGACGAGACAGACUCACUGGAGUUCAUCACCAAUGGCAAUGAAUUGGAGUGGGAAGAUGACACACCGGUGGCCUCAGCCAAAGCAGGUCCUGGCGGCGGGUCAGGAGACGUGGGUGAGGAGGGGAACGCCAACAACGGACGCCUCUGGAGAACAGUGAUCAUCGGAGAACAGGAGCAUCGUAUUGACAUGCAGGUCAUCAGGCCUUACCUGCGGGUCAUCACACACGGAGGUUAUUAUGGAGAAGGUCUCAAUGCCAUCAUUGUGUUCUCUGCCUGUUACCUGCCUGACAGCAGCUGUCCAGACUAUCACUACAUCAUGGAAAACCUCUUCCUGUAUGUGGUGAGCAGUCUGGAGAUGCUUGUGGCUGAAGAUUACCUGAUCAUCUACAUGAACGGAGCCACUCCUCGGAGUAAGAUGCCCGGGAUCAGCUGGCUCAAGAAAUGUUACCAGAUGAUUGACAGAAGAUUAAGGAAGAACCUGAAGUCUCUGGUCAUCGCUCAUCCCACGUGGUUCAUACGCACUGUCCUCGCCAUAUCUAGGCCCUUUAUCAGUGUGAAGUUCAUGAAUAAGAUCCAGUAUGUCCACAGCCUGGAUGAACUGGCAGAGAUCGUCCCCAUGGAGCAUGUCCAUGUGCCGGAGUGUGUGGUGCAAUUUGACGAGGAGAGGAUUAAAGCCCGGCGGGAAAGGAUGGAGCAGGAGCAGAGACAGCAGGAGCAGCAUCAGUCAGUCCCACAGGAGCCAAUUAAAAAGUCUGAGAGGCCAAAGUCAGUGAUUGUAGAUCAAGGGUUAUGAGAAGGACCAUGAUUUGCAGGGUGUGACAGAAGUGUGGAGCAUGAAGCCUUUGAUUUAUACCCAUAAGAAGCAGAAGUCUAUAUAUGCUUCCUUGUUUUAUCGACAUCCAGCUGAAGAUUUGUGCCAUCACUUUCCAAUCAAAAUGGUGAAUGCUCCAUCUCUAUUCCCUCUGUCUGGAACCCCCUUGUUCUUUCUCCCAGAGAGGUUUAUAUACCCAGCUUCUAAAUGUAUGAGGGAAGAAGCUGCUCUUUCGAGCUUAGUUUGCAAGAACUUGUUUCUUAAUGGAAACUGUUGCUGAGUACAUCAAUUCAUUACCCUGCUGUGUGGCAUGACCUCGUGAGUAAAACAGUGAAACACUAGUUGUUUCUCUCAUGUCUUAAUAUCAGUUGACAGGUUACAGGCUUGUCUCUCGGUUUCUACAAUUCUGAAGUUUGUUAGUAACAGAGUACGUUAACUGGAUUGUCAGCCUAAAUUCCAGGGUGUUUUUAUGAGUUACUUGGAGAUACAACAUUUUAGCCUGACAAGAGGGAGGUGUGCACAUAUUGUAACUUGACAGGACCAGAGAUGUUAAACAGCAAUGUCACUGAUGUAACAAAUGUCGAGCUUGGGUCUGUGUGAGCUCACCAGACCGCAGCGGUCACACACAUUUAUAUUCAUCCUGGUCUGUGUCAAUAUAAUGUGUAUAUAACAACGACAGUAUUCCAGUCGAUCCAGAUGCCUUCAUCUUUAUUUUUUGCCUCAUAACUGCUGUAUCAUAAGGUCUUUCCAAACUCUCUCAUAUGCUGUACUGACAUUUUGAAAAUGUUAAAAUGUACUAACAUUCACUGACAUAGGGAUCAUUUGAUACUGUUUUUUCUGAUCCCGUCUGCUCUGUGAUAGUUUCCUCUGUGCCCUGCCAUCUGUACUGUACCUUGUGUUAUGAUGUACCUCAGUCUUCUUGUGUGUAAAAAGGGGAGACAUGAUUUCCAUUUGCUGAAAAACCUGUGUGUGAAUAUCUAGAAGAAUCAUAUGUGUUGUAAAUUAUUUGUAGAUGGAGAAGUGAUAUCUGUCUAUUUUGUAGCAUAUGAUUGUGGUCACAUAAACAGAUUUUAUACAUUACACGGACAUGCAUUGUAUGUGAUUUAGUUAGAUUUUAGUAUCACUAUUAGUACCGCUAUCUAUUCUUAAUAAGAAAAAUACUAACCCUCAAAAUACAAAACAUAAAGAAUAAUGAAUGUAAUCUGUAUGAAAGUGACUAUAAUCUGGACAAAAUACACAAAUAUUGCACAUAUGGUUCUUUUACACAGUUUCUAAAAUGUACAUUUUAAACAUAAAGUGUUGAGAUCAUUUAUGAUAAACUACAUACUGGCAGUGAUCAGGAUUUCAGUGAUUUUCCGGGCACUUGUGUUCCAAGUGUGCAUUAGACAACACUAAGUUUAAGAUGUACAUUUUACUUUAAUUCGCACAGAUCAUUUUCUUUACCACUGACUGUAUCAGAUAUUAAGUGGCCUCUAAAAGGAAGGUCACGGCUAAGAAAGGUUGAUGUUAAUACCGAUGGAUGACCUUAAUGUAGCUUGGGGUGGGGUCUUAUUUGAUUUAUGAUUUAUAUUGUUUGUUUGCAUGCAUAAUGCAGUAUGGAUUGGACAUUUUCUGGAGAUUCCUUGAUUUUUAUCUCGUCUUCCAUUUGUUCGCUAGUCAGUCAACUUAUUGUAGCAGGAGAGCAGAGGAGUAAGAAAUUUUAUUUUUGUAAAGAACUACAUACUUGUAUUGCCUGUUGAUAUUGUUGUGCACUGCUGGAUUUGGUUGUCGCAUAACCUUUGAAGCAUAGACUGUGAUAGAUUGGGAGGUGAUGAGUCCUCUUCAAUGUAUUUGUGUUGUUGUAAAGGAGCAUGACUGAAUCAUGCAGUUGUAUUGUAUGUUAGUGCGGCACACGCUUCUUUGGUAAAGAAAAUAGGACUCAUGAAAUGUCUGUUUCUAAAGUGCCAUUUCAGUUCUGAUUUUCCUCUUGUUCUGUUGCCUUUUUAGUGCGUGGAUGUUUGAGAAAAGGUUGGCCUUGUAGGGUGUCAUGACACCAAAUCUGAGCAGUUACAUCAACUAUUUAUCAUCCACGAUGGAGCUGUCCUAGCACAGUAACCACAGUUUGUCAUUCUUUGAGGGAAGGUUUCUCUGUUUGUAGUUUGUUGGGUGAACUGAGUGCCUAUUUAUGAACCAAAUGUUCAAAGGAAAUCCAGAAUAAGUAAAGGAAUGUAAAGUAUAGCCUUUCCAUUUAUAGAUUUGCUAUAUCGAAUUACACCCAAUAUCAAAAGCAAGGUUUGCAUAUAAAUGGAUGAUGUGAACUUUACAAAAAUCUAAAUGUUCAUUUUGACUAUAAAAGCACAAUAAACAUACAAUUUAUUUGCCUUCCAUUUAUCUGCUGUAAAAUGUUUGCUCAGAUUUAAAUGGGAAAGAUGAUCUAUCAUCUUUCUAGAUUGCCAUGAUUGUUUUUGCCUUGUAAAUAUAACAGAAUAAAUUGUUCCUCCCAAA